AUGGAAGGAAGGAAUCAGUCUGGAGUCUCUGAGUUCAUUCUUUUGGGAUUUUCAGACCAGCCUGAGCAGCAGAUGCUCUUGUUCUUUUUGUUUCUUCUUAUGUACCUGAUCACAAGUAUAGGGAACCUGCUCAUCAUUCUGGCCAUUAAGACCAGUUCAUGCCUCCAUACACCCAUGUAUUUCUUCCUUAGCAACUUGUCCCUGGUUGACAUCUGUUUCACUUCCACUACCAUCCCAAAGAUGCUGGCAAAUCAUGUAUCUGGAAACAAAGCAAUUUCUUAUGCUGGAUGCCUGACUCAAGUAUUCUUCUUCAUUUGGUUUGCAGGGAUAGAUAGUAUCCUUCUUACUGUCAUGGCCUAUGACCGCUACGUGGCUAUCUGUAUCCCACUACAUUAUUUCAUGAUCAUGACCUCAAAGGUCUGUGCCCUUCUGAUAGUAGUAUCCUGGUUUUGGGCCUAUGCUAUUGCUCUGAUACACACUGUCCUACUGACACAUCUUUCCUUCUGUGGCCACAAUGAAAUUCCUCAUUUUUUCUGUGACCUCAGUCCCCUGCUGAAGUUGGCCUGCUCAGACACUUUCAUCAAUGACCUGAUGGUCAAUACAGUGGGGGCACUGACAAUUGUCAUCCCCUUUAUUGGCAUCCUUGUCUCCUACAUUCACAUUUUCAUGGUGGUGCUGAGGGUCCCAUCUACUGUGGGGAAGUGGAAAGUUUUCUCCACUUGUGGCUCCCACCUCACUGUAGUCUGCCUCUUCUAUGGGACAAUCAUUGGAGUAUACUUCAGUCCCACAACCACCCACACAGCACAAAAAGAUACAGCAGCAGCUGUGAUGUACACAGUGGUCACUCCUAUGCUGAAUCCUUUCAUCUAUAGCCUAAGGAACAAAGAAAUCAAGGGAGCCUUGAGGAUGCUCCUUACACUUUCUGUUCAUUUGAAGACCAGUCUCAGACAAUCUUAG